AUGUUCCGUGUGUAUGAAUGUAGGGAAAUCCUUACAACCAGACCUGAAUUGGCUAGCUUGGGAUGGGGAUGGAAGGGUAUCCUGUCAGUUGUGGCCUUAACAGGAUGGCGGUUGUACGAGCCAAUCAUGACAAAAGCCAUCCUGGCGGGAAGGCGUUUUAGGAUAUUUCCAAGGGUGAGGAGAACUUGCGGCAACGGAGGUCGCCGAUGCAUUUAUAAACUCAAAUCUGUUGACAGCUUGGGCGGCUUGGCAUCAUUUAACCUUUGUCAACGGUCUUUGUUUAUACCUCUUGGGUCAUCUUGGGUUGCGUAG